UUGUGGGCAGUGUUUCCGGCCUGAGAAACCGUCGCAUUUCUGAGGUGACUCCUCAGCUGGCAGUUACCACCGCCUUUGAAACAUCUGGACCGGUCGCCUCCAUCACUAGCUUCACCAUGGGAGCUGUGUUGGGCGUCUUCUCCCUCGCCAGCUGGGUUCCAUGCCUGUGUGGUGGCGCAUCAUGUCUGCUGUGCAGUUGUUGUCCCAACAGUAGGAAUUCCACUUUGACUCGCCUCAUUUAUGCCUUCAUUCUCCUCCUGACCACCCUUGUAUCCUGUAUCAUGCUGAGAGAAGAGAUGGAACCUCACCUGAAGAAGAUUCCUGGAUUCUGUGACAGGGGAUUUCAAAUCAGUAUGACUGAUAGAAAGACAGACGAAGAUUGUGAUGUCCUGGUUGGUUAUAAAGCUGUAUAUCGGAUCAACUUUGCCUUGGCCAUCUUUUUCUUUAUCUUCUUUCUGCUCAUGUUAAAAGUAAAAACAAGCAAAGAUCCUAGAGCAGCAGUACACAAUGGGUUUUGGUUCUUUAAAAUUGCUGCUCUUAUUGGAAUCAUGGUUGGCGCUUUCUACAUUCCUGGGGGCUCUUUUACCACAGCUUGGUUUACUGUUGGCAUGGCAGGGGCCGCUUUCUUCAUCCUCAUCCAGUUGGUGCUGUUGGUAGACGGUGCUCACUCUUGGAAUGAAAUAUGGGUAAAUCGAAUGGAAGAAGGAAACCCAAGGUUGUGGUAUGCUGCUUUACUGUCUGCUACAAGCCUCUUUUAUAUCCUGUCAGUCAUCUUCGUUGGGCUGCUCUACACAUACUACACCAAACCAGAUGGCUGCACAGAGAAUAAGUUCUUCAUCAGUAUUAAUCUGAUCCUUUGUGUUGUCGUUUCUAUUAUAUCAGUCCACCCCAAAAUUCAGGAGCACCAGCCUCGCUCCGGCCUCCUGCAGUCCUCUGUCAUCACCCUCUAUACUAUGUAUCUCACCUGGUCAGCCAUGUCCAAUGAACCCGGUAAGCAGAUGUCGAUAGCACAGUCAUUUGAUGAAAAAAACUCCUUUUUUCUUAGCCCUGAUGCAAAGUUCCAGAACAUGACCAGCAAGUGGCCAGCUGUGUGGGUGAAGAUCAGCUCUAGCUGGGUCUGCCUCCUCCUCUAUGUCUGGACCCUCGUGGCUCCACUUAUCCUUACCAAUAGGGACUUCAGCUGAACUCCUGAAUGCCAAGGAUGCAACUGAAAUUCAUAAAGGUCUCUUUAGCCAAAAACCUGUAUCUCUUCUAGGUUUGCUUCAACUAAAAUAUUAAGUGAACGCUUUGUAGAUUUGACUAUAUCCAGGUAUAUAGCAAAAAGGCAAGAUUGAAUAAUGCUUGAUGCAGAAUCUGAACUUCCCGGUUUACCUAUAUAUUAUGUUAUUUGUAAGGAUAUAGAACAAAGGGAGCAUUUUUGUGUUUAAAGUUAAACUACAGCUGUGCUGUGAAGAGAGUUCUUUAUCAAGAUUAAUAGGUUCCUAGAAAUCUAGUUUAAAAUGUAAGAUAGAAAAAUGUUGGAUAUUUGAGGCCAUUGUUAAUAUAUUUCUAUUGCAGUAUCCUUAAAAAGCAAAAAGAAAAAAAAAGGGAAAAAAGCAUUUAUAUGACAUUUCCUCUGUGAAAGUCCUUACUAUUGUGAUACAAGCACUGUGUUCUGGGCUUAAACUCUUCUGAGGUGUAGUGGUAGUUCUUGGGGGAAGAAUUAUGUAUGUGGGCCCUACCCAGAGGAAUGGAUGCUAAUAUGGCUGCUGCUUCUACAUCUUGAGUUUUUUAAUUUACCUUUUUUAUACUAUAGCAUUGAUGCUGCUUGAUACAAGUGUGGUGCUUUGCCAGGUAUGUUAAUUUUAAUACAUGCUUUGUGGGUUUGGUUAAAGUAAACAUUCACUUGGGAAAACACUGCAACUUCAGUCUGUGUAAUUUUCUUGUUAUGAGUAUGUAAAAGUAAAAUGCAUGUGGAUUUGUUAUAUUUGCACUAUAAAGGUAUUUGAUUAAAAUAGAAAGACUUUAAGA